AUGGCAUACAAUAGUAACACAAAACAAAUACCGUGUAAAUUUUUUCAACAAGGUUAUUGUAAAAAUGGGGCUUCAUGUCGAUUUGCUCAUGUAUAUGCCAACAAUAAUAGUGCCAACAAUAAUAACAACAACAACAAUAACAACACUUUUAAUAAUCAGGGCAAUGCAUUUGCUGCUGGUAAUACUAAUAAUAAUGGUGGAAGUUUCGGUCAACCAGCAUUUGGAUCUAGUGGAUUCGGUAAUCCCAACGCAAAUCCAUUCGGCUCUAUAAAUAAUAACAACCAGAGUGUCACUGGACAAAUUUCAACAAAUUCCUUUGGACAACCUGCAUUUGGACAAACUAGUGGAAGUAAUUCCUUUGGACAACCAGCUUUUGGAUCUAUGGGUGCUACCGCAGGUGCAUCUCCCUUUUCAUCAAUUCAAAAUAAUUCAAAUUCCUCUGGACCUGGUGCGUUUGGUGCAUCAAGCAUACCAAAUAAUAAUAACAAUAAUACCAAUGCUUCCAACGCUUUUGGAAAACCUGCAUUUAGUAGUUCAACAUUCGGAAACACCAAUAACUCUUCUGCGUCGUCUGCAUUCGGUUCAUCACCCUUUGGAUCUACCAAUAAUACAACUGCAGCGAAUAAUUCUCCCUUUUCAAGUAUUCAAAACCCUGCUGCCAAAUCUGGCAAUACCUUUGGAAGUUCAGGGUUUGGAACAACAAAUAAUACAUCUUUGAGUACAGGAUCAGCAUUCGGUGCUCCAGCCUUUGGUAGUAACAACAAUCAAAAUAGUGCGUUUGGAACAACUACAAACAAUGCGUCACCUUUUGGCGCUAUGACAAAUAAUGUUAGUAAACCUCAAAGUAGCCCAUUUGGAGCUGUUAACAAUACUAACACAUCAUCAUCACCCUUCGGUACCACUAGUACAACAACGGGUACAGGAGCAUUUGGUAAUGUUAGCACAACUACGACGGCAAAUCCAUUUGGAUCAGUAAAUAAUAAUGUGGGUUCCUUUGGUGCAGUUCCAAAUACAAAUUCAAAAAGUCCCUUUGGUGCAAUUAACAAUGCCUCUCCUUCAGGUGGAUUUGGUGGUAGUAACACUACAGUUGCAAACAGUAGCCCAUUUGGAGCUCCCUCUACAACUACUGGGGCCAUUCAAAAUGGAAAUACCACGGGCCAGUCACCUUUCGGUCAAUCUGGAAAUACAAGUUCCACGUUUGGACAGGCGGUUCCUAAUAAUCGAAGUCCAUUUGGUAGUGUAACGUCUAAUACGCCCAAUAGUACUACAAGUGCAUUUGGAGGUCAAACAAACACAGCGAAUAAUAACAGUACGACAGUUUCAAGUACGAAUUCACUCUUUGGCACCAGCAAACCUAAGGAAGCUACAGGAGCAACCACAUCAAUAAUUGCAACUCCUGUAAACAAUGUGAACAACAAUAUAACUGAUGUUGAAUUGAGUGAGGAAAUCCUAGCCGCCUUUAAAGCGACAAAUUUUACAAUUGGCAAAGUACCAGAUUUACCACCUCCAAUUGCAUUAAUAUCAUAA